AUUUUGUAGUCCCAUCAUGAACCGCGGUAGCGCCUAUAGAGGCGGAACUUCACUGUAAGUGUUUGUGUUUCCGGUCGGACACGUUCGAGAGUAGCGCAGCUGCAGAUUGCAUGUGCAGAGAGAAACUUCACUUGCUGCAGGUUUGAGUUCAGGAUGGAGUCAGCUGCGGAGGUUGACAGAGGAACUGCAGCUAUUAAAGAGCAGUUCCUCACCACCAAAGAGAAGUUCCAUGCGUUUCUGGAGACGGGCCGGCCGGGUCAGAAGAACGACGAGGCGGAGCGAGACUCCGGAGAACCGGAGCAGAAGAGGAUCCGACUGGACAGCGAUGGAGCGCAGGAGGAGCCAGACAAGAAAGAGAAGAGGAAGAAGAUGAGAGGACAGAAUAAAUCCAGACCUCACAUGAAACCUCAGAGCUAUGAAGACAGACGAUUGUGUCCGUCAAUCAUUCAGGAGCGAGACACCAAGUGCUUCUACGGCGAUAAGUGCCGCUUCCUCCACGACGUGUCCGAGUACAUGUCCACUAAAGCUGCGGAUCUGGGAGAUCAGUGCUAUCUGUUCAACACCUUCGGCAAGUGUCACUACGGCGUCACCUGCAGGUUUGCUAAAGCUCACACGAGCGCCGAGCUGAAGAACCUGGUGAACGAGGAUCUCUACAAACCCUCCACUGAGAGAGAGACGGUCAGAAACCACCUGGACAAAGACCUGCAGAGACAACUGCGCAAGAAACAGGUGAGCUUCAAGGGCGCCGAGGCGUAUCUGAAGACCAUCACCCGCGGGAAGAAGCUGGAGGAGAAUCAGAGCGGCCCGAGAGACGCUGAUAACACUCCAGAAACAAAGGAGUGUGCCGUUCCUCCUGUGAAGACUGUGGGACCGAUUACAGACGCUGACAUCAUCAAGCUGCGACCAUGUGAAAAGAAACAGGUGGAUUUCAGAGACAAACUCUAUCUGGCUCCUCUCACUACGUGUGGGAAUCUGCCGUUCCGGCGCGUGUGCAAGCGCUUCGGAGCCGACAUCACGUGUGGAGAGAUGGCCAUGUGCACCAACCUGCUGCAGGGUCAGGCGUCUGAAUGGGCUCUGCUCAAGAGACACGCCACUGAAGACCUGUUCGGCGUUCAGCUGGAAGGCUGUUUUCCAGACACCAUGACCAGAUGUGCCGAGCUGCUCAAUCAAAACAUCGAUGUGGAUUUUGUGGACAUAAACUCCGGCUGCCCCAUCGAUCUCGUUUACAAGAAGGGUGGCGGAUGUGGCCUCAUGACACGAACCUGCAAAUUUGAACAAAUCGUGAGGGGAAUGAAUUCAGUUCUGGACGUUCCUUUAACGGUUAAGAUCCGUACGGGAGUUCAGCAGAAUUGCAACAUCGCGCACAAGCUGAUCCCAGAGUUAAAGAAGUGGGGCGUUUCGCUCAUCACGCUGCACGGCAGAUCACGGGAACAGCGUUACACGAAGUCAGCUGAUUGGGAGUAUAUCGACACCUGCUCAAAACUGGCAGCUCCCGUACCUCUGUUCGGUAACGGAGAUAUCCUGUCGUAUGAAGACGCCAUGAAAGCCAGAGAGACGGGAGUGUCUGGGAUCAUGGUGGCGAGGGGCGCGCUGAUCAAGCCGUGGCUCUUCACGGAGAUCAAGGAGAGCAGACACUGGGACAUUUCCUCCGGCGAGCGUCUGGACAUCCUGCGGGACUUCACCAACUACGGCCUCGAGCACUGGGGCUCCGACACGCAGGGCGUAGAGAAGACGCGCAGCUUCAUGCUGGAGUGGCUCUCCUUCCUGUGCAGGUAUAUUCCCGUGGGAUUGUUGGAGAGAGUCCCACAGAAGAUCAACGAGCGUCCGCCGUUCUACAUGGGUCGAGAUUACAUGGAGUCUCUGAUGGCCAGUCAACACGUGGGCGACUGGAUACAAAUCAGUGAGAUGCUGUUGGGUCCGGUACCUAAAAACUUCAGUUUUCUGCCGAAACACAAAGCGAACGCUUAUAAAUGACCAGCGGCUGUGAUGAAAGUCUAUGAUUGUUGAAUAGAAGUGCUAAUCAACUUUUUUUUAUUUUAUUUAUAUCUAGUUUGAACAUGAUUUCUUAAGCUGAAGCUGUUUAUAUUCAAGUUGAAUUUAUUUUAGAUGUAUUAAAGAUGUUGAAGACUGAA